CUUGGGCUGUGGCUUUCAGUCAUCUCUGCUACGGUAAAUCACCAAACCCGAAAACUGCUCUUUCUUUGAUUUCCCCUACAAAAGACAAAGCUCAAGACCGUCGGCCGGGCUCCGUGGACCCUUGAGCAUCAUGUCGACGCAAACUCAGACUGCACGGAACGAUGGCAACAGCAGACCCUUAAAGGAUAAGAACACUAUGCCUGCGAAUGCUUCCUUGUCGCCCUCGGGUAUGCGCUGUCCAGAUCCCUCGGCUCACAAGACAAAGAACAACUCCCUUCAAGACCAGGCAUCUGCUGCCGCAUUAUACGGCACCAAUUCCCCUAAAGGAGCGAGUGUGCGCGACAUUGAUCCCCUGGGACCCGACGGAAAGCUUUCUUCGGCGAGCGCCGCCACCAGUCUAAAGUACGCGAGAGCUCACGAGCUUCCUGGCUUUUCAGUCGUCGGAAUCGAUGCCCAGCAGUCAGCAGGCACCGCAGCGAACCUCGCGCACGCGAACAAACAGAGUCCCGAGUGGUGGAAACCCGAGCAGUCGGCUGCCGCAGGAAAAGCUGCGCUCCUAGCGCACGACUUCAAGAUGGCACCACUCUGGCAACCGGAGGCAAACGCUGCGGGCUCAAAGGCAGCCAUGGUAGCGCAUAGAGAUGGUGUGAAGUUAAGUAUCUGGAUGCCAGAAGCAAGUGCGGAUGGAAACUCUGCAGCUACCCUUGCGUGGAAGAAGCAAGGUCUCAGCCCUGAGCCCAAAUCUGGACGUAUUGAGGACAGCAGGAAGAAGGCCUUGGUUGCAGCGACAGGUGCUGUUUCGUCUUCGGGGCGAAGGCGAGCUCACUCGACACCUACUACACCCCCACUGUUCCCUGACUCCGAGAACUCCGCGAGGAACGCCCUCAAUGCCGCCACGAUAGCCCAUACACCCUCAAUGAGAGCCCGAAAGUCUCCUUUAUCCCCUCCACUCUCCUCAGACUCGAACCGGCUUGGAUCUACCGCAAUGGAAGCGGCAAGGAUACAGCAUUCAAAGAGAAUCUCGCGGGACAUGUACACAGAGCACCCUCCCAUCGCUCUGGAAGUGGAAGAGAAGAAGCACCAGGAUGCGCUGAGAGCUUCGGCUAUCUCCAUGGCGAAACAAAUAUACGACGUUCAGCAGCAACACAUCGACACCACAGCCGGGCGUUCUUCACAAUCACAUGCGAAGACGGGAGCCACCGCCGCACAUAGUCAACAGCCCGCUACUAGUGAAGCAGACAUUAAACAACAGGCGAUGCGCUAUAUCAACAUUCAAGAAGCUGCACAAAAACUCGCCAGCGAACGAUUGGCUAAGAUCGGCACCGAUGAGAACGCUGCAUUCCGAAGCUACUAUGGCUACAACAAACCGAUUCGCUCAAAGCUAUCCAUUCGUCGUGGCCGCAGACGCGCACACAGCAACCCCGAAACCACUAAUUCAGAUGAUGGCGAACUACAAUCCGGGCGAAUCCGCUCCCAGAUGUCUCAGCUCAAUAAGACCUUGGCGGAAGUUGAUGCGAAAAAGCGAGGGCAGGAUCGCAAGAACCUUCUCGCCGCCGCAGAACGUAAAGUGCAUGCCCAGAUGCAAGGCCUAGACAAGAAGAUCUACGACGAAACUGGGAAAAUGUCACUUGCUAUGAUCGAAGAAUGGGACGCCAAAGCCCGAGCAAAGGCUGUUGCGGACAGUGAGGCUCGUAUGGAGCACCAUGGUAAAGUUCAUAUCGGGCAUGGCAUAUUCAUGGACCAAGCAGAUAUCGAUGCCGUAGCCCUCGCGAGAAUACAACCAACGCUCGACGAGAUCAACGAGAAGACCGAGAAGCGCAAAGCGGAGGAAGAAGAGGCACGUCUUGACCAGGAGGAGAAGAAGCGCAAAGCACAGAUCGAUAAGGAACGGGCUGCAGAGCUGAGAGCAGAGGAGAAGCGUGCAAAGGACGAGGCCAAGAAGACCGCCAAAUCUCGUACUGCAGAAGAGAAGGCUGUAGCGCGGAAAGAACAAGGUGCGCAGAAGGAGAAGAGAGCAGAAGAGAAGAGGAUUCAGAAAGAAGAGAGGCGCAAGUUGAAGGAACCACCGAAAACAGGUGCAGUCAUACCCACUGGCUUGGCAUCUCCCACUGAUGAUGCUCCUGCCGAAAACCACCACGAUGAGUUGUACCGGGACCCGCCUUUACCUACUCAGCAAGUUCCUCGGGCUCAAGAGCCCGGCGCUUCCAACCCGACUUCUCCAACCUCUCCAACCUGUCCCACUUCUCUCAUGUCGCCAACGAAGGCCAAUGCAAAGGGCAUCAAGUCCUUCUUGAAUAAGUUCAAACGCCGCUCCAGGCAUUCGAAUGCGACCGCGGACACUAACAAGCCAGGUUUCAUCGGCGGCGCAGCUCUUCGAGCUUCUUCUGCUCAUUCACAUCGGAACUCAGUGCCCGCGAGUCCACGUCUAAGCUAUACCGCAGGGCUUACACACAUUCCUGACCAGCGUCGUUAUUCCAGUGUCUCUUCGGUCUCUAGCAGCCCCGCCAGCUUCGAUGGAAGAGGCCGUACUCCUCAGCGAACUGCCAGUGGGCUGAGUGCCGUCUCGACUGGUACUGAAUAUGAAGAGGCGAGGGAUGAGUUUGACGAGAAGCUGGUAUCACCACCGAGUUUUGCAUCAAGUGGCAUGCACGCUGCAAGAAAGGGCAACUCAAAUCGGGAUUCUAAGUUUUAUGAGAUGGGGAUAUAGUUUCGAUACCGCAUUGGGUUUGGACAGUAUGGCUUGGAGAAAAGGGAAGCGUUCUGUGGCAGGUGUUGGGGUUAUUUUUGUACAGUACAUAUGGGCUUUCCGGAUUCCGUUGUUCUCUUCGCAAAGUUUGGCGAUUUGGUGGUUAUGACAUGGACACAAACGGGUUCAAUGCAAUGGAUGGUCUCCAGUUUCGCGGUUUGGUUCUGUUUAAAAGGGAGGUUUUCCCAAAGGGAAGUUGGUGACGGAUUUCUUCACGGCUCAAGCGCAUCAAGCAACUUGGCAGAGUUAAGGAUUCACGGUCUCGCUGCCGAGGUUCCCUAUAGCAAAUGUACUAUUGC